AUGGCUCUUAGCUUUGGUCUCGACUAUUCAGGAGGAGCCAAAAUAAAUCUUGAGAAGGCGGCACCUGUCAAGCCCACAAGCCAUCCCUUGGGCAAAUAUGAAAACACUCCACGCCACGACAAGAACGACCCAAAUUAUGGUCGACCACUGCCUGGAAGUUUAUCAGAGGCAAAAGGGAUAAAGGCAAGUCUCGACAUCUGUCGUGAGGUUCUGUUUCUAAUGGAGAUUAUCAACGAGAACGCUGAAGGAGAAGAACCACAUAAAUGGAUCAAAUUUGGAAAACUUUUCCAUGUUUAUUCACUUUAUUCUGAUUCGGUAGUCGGUUAUCUAAUUCGAGCACGAAAGUAUGGUCUUGUCCAUUUCGAAGGUGAAAUGUUGUUUCAACGGCAAGAUGACGAGAAGAAGAUCACAAUGCAAAUGGCUAUGGCUGAUAUUCGGGAGCGUUUGCAGCCUACUGGUGAUCCAAAAAACUGCAUUGCUAUUGUUGCUAAGUAAAUAAUGCGUGU